CUUUUUCUACGCAUCAGUUGCAUUCUUUUUCUUUCAACUCCACCAACGUGAUCAGCUUGUCUUUUCACUUGUCCAGUGGAAGUAUUGACCAUGGAUUAAAAGUCCCUAUACGCGCUUCCUCCAGCAAUCUCGAAAUAUAUACAUAUACCUUUCUCCCACGCCCAGUGACGAUUCCGAGUCCUGCACAUCUUUCCGACAAUGAUCGCCCGUCGGGUCGCACUGCGUCGGACUUCGCAAUUCCUGCGCCCUUCACUCAGCUCCGUAACUCCGAAUAUUCGCCAAUGUGUAAGAUAUAGUAGUACAUCGAAGGGGACCGAUGAGGCUGGACGCAGACGUGGAGGUGCUGGGCGAUUCCUAAGUGGCAUGUUGGUCGCUUUAGCAGCUGGGAGUGCCGUUGUAUUAUACCCGACCUUAACCAAAGAGGCCCCGAAGCCACGCGAAGCGGUUCUCGAAUACGAAAAAGCCCGUCCCGUCCCCGAGUCGAAGGAAGAUAAUAGAGACCUGAUUAGUAGUCAACACCUCCAAGUAAAAAAGAGCUGGGAGAAUCCGGGUGUAUAUGCUUGGGGCUCCAAUUCGGGUCGAGUUGCCGCACCCGACUCGACAGAUAGCCUCGUGAAGACACCGCGAAGGAUAUCAUACUUUGAUGGGCAACUUCUGCGAGACAUUAAGCUUGAUCGCGAAUUUGGGGCUGCCGUGACAGAAAAAGGCGAUCUUGUACAGUGGGGUGUAGCAUUUUCACAGGCGAAUCCUUUGCCCGCCGAAACGCUAAAGGGUAAGGAUCUCGUCAAGAUUGCUAUUUCACGAGAUCGCAUCAUUGCUCUUGGCAAGAAUGGGACCGUUUAUUCGGUACCCGUAUCGGGGACUGAUCAAACUGCUGGCGAGAAAUCACAACAGUCAUCCUGGCUUUCCUUUUGGUCUAGACCAGAAACUGUCAACUACCGCCAAUUGAAACCCCGGAACUUGGGAUGGGGCGAAAGCGUUGUUGAUAUUGCUAGUGGGUUAGAGCAUGCACUUCUUCUUACGACGUCCGGGCGGGUCUUCGCCGCUGCUUCUAGUACAUCCGAUUUUCCUUCCAAAGGUCAAAUGGGUAUACCAGGUUUAACCUGGGCCACGCGACCUAAAGGCCCCUACGAUGAGCCACAUGAGAUCUUAAGUUUAAAAGGAUUCAAGAUUUCGAAGGUUGCGGCUGGGGAUUACCAUUCUCUAGCACUUGAUAGCGAUGGUCGCGUUUUUGUCUUUGGUGACAACACGUCAGGCCAGCUAGGAUUCGAGGUGGAACCGCAAUUCCCAUUUGUUGAUGCUCCGAUUCCACUUCCAUUCAAUAAGAUUUAUGGUGGUUCAAAUCUACAACCGCGAGUGACGUCUAUCGCUGCUGGUGGGGCAAAUUCUUUCUUCACGGUAGACGCGAAACGAAUUGCGGGGAUAAAGGAAGAUGCGAACUCGAUCAGAGAUUUAGGUCGAGUAACGGCUGAUACUUGGGCUUGCGGCUCCGGCAUUUGGGGUAGCUUAGGGACAGGCAAAUGGACACAUGUGUCGCUCGGGCCUUCCAAGAUCAAAUCUCUCUCGGGACUCUACGAGUGGGAUGAAAACACGAAUUCGGUAAUCCCGAUUCGCUUGGCGCGGCUGAGUGCUGGAAAUACGCACGCUGCUGCUGUGAUGGACAACGUAACAUCUGUUGAUACAUCAGAAAUUAACACAAAUAACGACACCAACUGGGGUGCAGAUAUCUUAUUCUGGGGUGGAAAUGAACAUUAUCAACUAGGCACCGGAAAAAGAAACAAUCUCUCACUACCGACCUAUAUUGACCCCCUAGAUGGUGGGGAAGGCGAUGCAGAGAAGGGGCGAAAAGGCGAACACCAUAGGUUUCAAAUCACACCAAGAACGACUGUAAGACUCGGCGAGGGCGGCACAGGAAGAAAAGUCAGCGUUGAGCAACGAGUAGAGUGCGGUCGCUUCGUAACAGCAGUUUAUUCUGGCACGUAAAAGCGACCCAUACAGGAACAUUUCCCUGGAUCUACGCCUGGAUGUAUAGUAUAACGCGGUGGGAUGGGGUAUGGAGUAGGAUUAGGUCACGGCCGAAGAUGCUUGGUUGGAGCAUCAGGUACUCCGAUCGUUUUUUGGAUCUAUAUAGAUACCCCCUUCUCAAUCUACAACAGUAUAUGUAACCAUAUCUAACCCCUAGGUUAUAGCUUUCCUCGGAUGCAGUGCUACUUCGAAGCGACAUGUAUGGAGUCUAGUUUCGGGGUGAACUUCAACCGAGCACAAUACUCAAUCACCAAAGCUACCCAAGUACACAGAAG